GUUGGCAUAUGGUUACCAGUAUGGUUAAGGUUAGGGUUAGGUUUAAAAUCAGAUUUUAAGAAGAUACAUUGUAGAAAUAGGCGGGGUUUAGCUGUGAUAACUACUGAAGACAACACCGAGGAUCACGAGACACCACGCGUCAACACGGAGUGACAAUAUCCGAAGGAUUCGCAUCUGUAGACGAGAUCCAAGGUCAAUUUGGCGUUAAAUGAGCUAAAGGGGGUUUGGGGGCGACAAGCCGAUCCUAGAUCUGUACAGGACAGCCUCUACUUGGGGCUGAAGUAGCCUACACCUGCCACAGACGCUGUUCGGCGGCCAGGAAAGAACACGGAUCAAAAAGUAUGCAUUGUAAACUUUAAAUGCCUAAAAAUGUUAUGUUUUUCGCAACAAAAGAGACAAGACACACGCAGCUUGUGUUUCUUUGGGGGAGCUCGAUUGCGUUUUAAAUAAGAUUGUUAGUGUUAAAUUCGGUAGGCCUACUCAAAAGAUUAAAUACAAAAGUCUUGCUCUUCUAGGCAGAAAUUGUCAUUGAUAAUGGUAUCUGUGUCACUGUGUGUGUGAUCUGUGCACCAUCUGAUCAUAAACAGUUGCAGAGCUAUUUGAGUUGCUGAGCUGCACUGAAGGAUGGAAUCGUCAGGUAUGUUGCUUUAUGUUUUUGCUCCUAUACAGGUCUAGGCUCAGAUAUUGAACUCCUAGCCUACUGAUUAUGUCCUACUGAUGAUUAAGAAAUGAUAAAGUUUGGAAUGAGAUUGGAAAAUCUGAUUGAUCUGUUACGGCCAUUCAGCAGUCCAUGACUCAAUUGAUCACUUGACUGAAUAUAGUAGGUGUGUUAGAGCUGGGCUGGAACAAAAUACUGCACACCCUGUAACUCUCCAGAACUGGGUGGGGGGGAGAGGGGUAGACGGUAGGGGUCAAUUUGGGAUUGAUUAGAUGCCUGCUCAUGUCUGUUUGUGAUUGGCCAGAUGUCCAGUGGGGGCGGGGACGUUCGCCGUUUGACCUCAUCAUGAACCAGAUCCGCAGGAAACGCAUGCCCUCAGACAGGAAGUCAACGUCCCGCCACUUCCGGUCCCGCCAAGCGGAGAGCGGAGGGCUUCCCGAAGACAGAGAGACGGAGAAGGAGAGGGAGGGAGCAGGUGAGAGGACUGUGAGAACCUCAAUAAGCAGCAAAAGUAUUUAGUGCCUAUAGUCAGAACCAUUUCACUGGAAUUGUAGUGUGUCUUAGGAUAACUUAACGUAUGAUGUGUUUGUGGUGUUUGUGUCGAGUCCUAGGUGUUGUUCCUGACCCAGCAGAGAAUGUGUGUGACAUGGGCUGGGGUCGUGUGUGUGUGUUUGUCAAGAGGCUGAGGAAGAGAGCAGACAGCAGGACUCUGAGUCUGGCUCACUGUGACCUCACUGCUACUGACGUACUGGAACUUGGUUAGUAUACACACACACUCCUCAUAUGAUGUUGGUGUCAUCUUUUUGUGCCCUCAUUCACCCUGUCUCUCUCUCUCAGCUACCUUGCUCCACUCUCUGUCUCUAUUGGAGGAGAUGGACCUGUCAUGGAACGAGCUGAUUGGAGGAUGUCUGAGAUCAUUGACCUUUCACCUCCAGAACGUGGGUGGGCUCAGAACCCUCAGACUUUCCUGCUGUAGGCUGACUGCUGAUGACAUCACUGCUCUGGGUGGGGCUUAAAGAGAGACACCUAACCUACAGUUGUGCUCAAAAGUUUUGAGAAUGACAGAUACUAAUUUCCACAAAGUCUUCUGCCUCAGUUUUGAUGAUGGCAAUUUGCAUAUACUCCAGAAUAUCAUGAAGAGUGAUCAGAUGAAUUGCAAUUAAUUGCAAAGUCCCUCUUUGCCAUGAGAAUUAACUAAAUCCCCAAAAAACAUUUCCACUGCAUUUCAGCCCAGCCACAAAAGGACCAGCUGCCAUCAUGUCAGUGAUUCUCUCGUUAACACAGGUGAGAGUGUUGACGAGGACAAGGCUGGAGAUCACUCUGUCAUGCUGAUUGAGUUAGAAUAACAGACUGGAAGCUUUAAAAGGAGGGUGGUGCUUGAAAUCAUUGUUCUUCCUCUGUUAACCAUGGUUACCUGCAAGGAAACACGUGCCAUCAUCAUUGCUUUGCACAAAAAGGGCUUCACAGGCAAGGAUAUUGCUGCUAGUAAGAUUGCACCUAAAUCAACCAUUUAUCGGAUCAUCAAGAACUUCAAGGAGAGAGGUUAAAUUGUUGUGAAGAAGGCGUCAGGGCGCCCAAGAAAGUCCAGCAAGCGCCAGGACCGUCUCCUAAAGUUGAUUCAGCUGCAGGAUCGGGGCACCACCAGUGCAGAGCUUGCUCAGGAAUGGCAGAAGGCAGGUGCGAGUGCAUCUGCACGCACAGUGAGGCGAAUACUUUUGGAGGAUGGCCUGGUGUCAAGAAGGGCAGCAAAGAAGCCACUUCUCUCCAGGAAAAACAUCAGGGACAGACUGAUAUUAUGCAAAAGGUAGAGGGAUUGGACUGCAGAGGACUGGGGUAAUGUCAUUUUCUCUGAUGAAUCCCCUUUCCGAUUGUUUGGGGCAUCCGGAAAACACCUUGUCCGGAGAAGACAAGGUGAACUCUACCAUCAGUCCUGUGUCAUGCCAACAGUAAAGCAUCCUGAGACCAUUCAUGUGUGGGGUUGCUUCUCAGCCAAGGGAGUGGGCUCACUCACAAUUUUGCCUAAGAACACAGCCAUGAAUAAAGAAUGGUACCAACACAUCCUCCGAGAGCAACUUCUCCCAACCAUCCAAGAACAGUUUGGUGACGAACAAUGGCUUUUCCAGCAUGAUGGAGCACCUUGCCAUAAGGCAAAAGUGAUAAUUAAGUGGCUCAGGGAACAAAACAUCUACAUUUUGGGUCCAUGGCCAGGAAACUCCCCAGACCUUAAUCCCAUUGAGAACUUGUGGUCGAUCCUCAAGAGGCGGGUGGACAAACAAAAACCCACAAGUUCUGACAAACUCCAAGCAUUGAUUAUGCAAGAAUGGGCUGCCAUCAGUCAGGAUGUGGCCCAGAAGUUAAUUGACAGCAUGCCAGGGUGGAUUGCAGAGGUCUUGAAAAAGAAGGGUCAACACUGCAAAUAUUGACUCUUUGCAUAAAACUUAAUGUAAUUGUCAAUAAAAGCCUUUGACACUUAUGGAAGGCUUGUAAUUAUACUUCAGUAUACCAUAGUAACAUCUGACAAAAAUAUCUCAUAACACUGAAGCAGCAAACUUUGGGAAGACCAAUACUUGUGUCAUUCUCAAAACUUUUGACCACGUCUGUACACACUUACUGUGUCUUUACAUUAGUGGUUAUUUUGCAGACCACCUGAGUUUGUGUUUGUUUGUGUGUGUAGGUGAGGCAUUGGAGUGUGUUCCGGUGUUGGAGGUUCUGGACCUGUCCUGGAACGCUGGUGUUGGCGGCUCAGCUUUGCAAGGCAUUGUGGGUAAACUCCACCCAACCCUUAGAGAGCUCUACUUGGUGGCCUGCCAGCUCACUGAAACUGACGCUAGUAUACUGGGUAUGUACACAUGCACGCACAGGCACACACACACAAAAACAAAGUUGUACCAGGUUAAGUAAAAAGGUAAAUGAAAGGUAUCUCUCCCCUCUCUCUCUCAUCCCAGGUUGUAUAGUGAGUGUUCUCCCCAGACUGUGUGUGUUGGAUGUGUCUUGCAACCCUCUCCUGGCCAACACACAGACAGAAGCAGAGGAAGGUGCUCAACUCUUUAUUAUAAAAAACUACAACAAUAAAAGGGUGCUAGAAGCCAACCCUCCUAAAUUAAAAAGGGGGCUGGCCCUUACUCACUUGUUGUAGUUGAUAUAGUUGCGGUUGAUAUUUAAAUGUUCUUGAUGUUAUUUUUCUUUCACAGGCAGCAUGUCCAAGACAGAGCCAGGGACGGGCGGCGUGUGGGGUUUGGGGGGGUUAGUCCCUUCCCUAAGCCACACCCCCUCCCUGACCACCCUACGACUACACGACUGUGGCCUGACCACACAGUCCCUCGGCCUGUUGGGUAAGACGCCAGUCAAACACAUAAGGGAGAGAAAUUGGCCUUAGAUUAGUGUUUGUUUAGGGGCCAAUUCAUCUAUCAGUCCUCAUAGAUCCGGACACUGUUAAUUUGAUCCACCCCUCUCUCUCUCUCUACAGGUGGUUCGUUCCACUGCCUCCGCUCCCUGUGUCAGUUGGACCUGUCCUGUAAUAAGGGUGUGGCCGGGGGGCUGUCCCUCCUCUCUCCUCACCUGGCUCUCCUCUCACAUCUGGGCGGGCUGGACCUGCACCUCUGCUGCCUCACACACACAGACCUACAGGCCCUCAGUGAGUCUGUGUGUGUGUGUGUGUGUGUGAGAGAGAGAGAAAAGUGGUAUGUCUGUCUUAAGAAAUUGCGUACCUUUGAAUGUGUGUGUGUGUAUUGUCUCCAGUCCAGGCGCUGCCCUCGCUCACUGAGCUGACGGAACUUGACCUGUCAUCCAAUAAGGAGGUUGGGGGUGUGGUCAGUGAUCUAGUCUCCGCCCUCCCGCUGUCACAGAUUAAACUCCUCCCACUCAACGGCUGCAGUCUGAACCACGAAUCAUUCACCGCACUCGGUACUCCACUAUUACUGUCUGCUACUUAUUCUAGUCUAGUGUACUUCAAGAUGAGGCUCCUGUUUGACUGCUUGAAUCCAAAUAAAAUAUUCCAUAUGUGCGUGUUCCAGCUGUAGCUAUGCCGUACCUGCGGUGUAUAGAUGUGUCCUGGAGUAAGGUGGUGGGCGGGCGUCUGGCACAGCUAUUGGAAGCUCUGCAGCCGUCAAUCACCCAGGAGCUCCGCCUUAGCAGCUGUGACCUCACCACUGACGACCUGCUUCAUCUGGGUACACACAUGCAUACGCACACUAUACACACCUACUGACACAAAUACAGGUGAGUCUAAUAAUCUUUCCUUCUCCCCCUAGCUGUAGUGUGUAAGCGUGGCGUUCUGUCCUCUCUGCGUGUGUUGGACCUGUCCUAUAACGGAGGGGUGGGGGAGGAGGGGUGGUGUGGGUUGCUAAGGGAGGGGGGGCUGGGCUCACUGGAGGAGCUGGACCUUAGUCUGCGACCCCUGACCUCUAAGCCCUCACUCCUGACAUCUAACCCCUCACCCCUGACCUGGCUGCCAACCCUGCUCUCUGCUUUUCCUCGUCUACCUGCAUUGACACGUCUCUCUCUUCAGCGAUGGACUCUCACAGCCCAGGUACACACACACACACAAACACUGACAUGGUACUGACUUUUCGUCUAUGUGGCAUAAAAUCACGGGCCAAUUUUAAUGAGUGGCCGGAACUAUCAGUUGUAUGUUAUUUCAUCCUUCUCUCCUCCAGGAGCGGGAGCAGGUAAACCACGCCCUCAGGAAGAGGAAAGUCCUGUUAGAGUUGGACCCCCCCCCGUUUGCCUCGUCCGCCAAUCAGGAGGGGCCAGAGGAGGAACGCUAUGAGGAG